AUGUUUGGUUUCGGCCUCUAUAAUGAUCAACUACCAAAUAUUUCGGUACUUCAAACUCUAGUUCAAAGUCAAAAUUUUUCAAACCUCAAAGAAUUUCAUUUGGAAUUUACUUGUUUUCAUCAAGAUAUAGUGAAAGUCAUAGCUGAAAGUCCAGUGUUAAAACUUUCAGGAAAUUUAACAGUUUUAUCAUUGGGUCGAUUAAUCAUUGGAUUGGAAGAUGCACACUAUUUUUCUCAAUCUGAAGCAUUUAGAAAUGUAAAAACAUUACAAUUGAAAGAAUGUUAUUUGGAUUCUCCUCGCUAUCAAUUAUCUCAAGGCCUUUCUAUUCAACAUUAUUAUUCCAUAUCCAAAAGAAACGAAUGUAUUGGAGGUAUGGGAUUAAUAGCUCUUGAAAAGAAUGGUCUCUUUUCAAAAAAUCUCACUUCAUUGACCAUUAGUAGUUCCAAUCUCUUCGCUGCUGAUUUGAAACAAGUUAUUUAUUUUGAACAAUUGAAAACCUUAAAUCUGUAUCGAAAUACAAACAUUGGUUCCAUUGGUGCUCAAUAUCUUGCAACGAGUUGUGAAAAUUUGAAAACAUUGACUUGUUUAAACUUGUCCUGGUGUGAAAUUGGAGAUGAAGGAUUCAUGUACUUGAUUCGAUGCCCCUAUUGGAAUCAUCUUGAAAAACUUUCAAUUUCAAGAAAUACCAUUCGAGAACCACAAACAUUUCAAGCUCUUGGUGAGGAUGGAGUUUUAUUACAACAACAUUUAUCCUCUCUCGAUCUUACUUGCAAUGAUAUUGAAAAUGAUGGAGUUAUUGCACUUGCACAGAGUUGUGAAAAAUUUCAAAACUUGAAACAUUUGUAUUUGAGUGCAACGAGUCUCAACGAACCAGCUGCGAAGAGUGUGUUGAAUGGUGAAAAAUUUUCGAAAUUGAAAACCUUCUCUCUACAUGCUUCCUAUACACGAGUCAAGUUAUUAGGAAGUGGUGGACAAGGAAGUGUAACUUUGGUGAAAAUUCAAAAACAAAAGAAGAGGUCACGUGCAUUUUCCUCAUUCAGUACAACAACAACAACAACAACGAAUACAAAUAUAAAUACAGCAGCAGCAACAACUACUAGCACCACCACGUCGACCAACACGACAUCUCAUCGGAGCAGUGAAGAAAUUUAUUCUCAAACCACAGCAACAGCAACAACAACAACAACAACAUUUGAAAAUGAUUCACAACCACAACAACAACCACGCGAAGAAGAACAAAUAAUUACGAUUGAAAAAUAUAGAGCUCUCAAAAGAAUAUUUUGUAUCGGAUUGGAUCAAUUAAAUUUAGCUCUACGUGAAGCACAAUCAGUGUUACAAAUUGGUUCUCAUCGAAAUAUUGUAAAAUGUUAUAAUUUUUUCAUUGAACGAUCGGAACAUGUCACAAAUAGAGGAUUGGAACAUGUUACGACGAUUGAAAAUGAAUGUGUUUGCAUCAUGUAUGAAUAUUGUGAAAAAGGAUCUCUUGCCGAUGUCAUUCGAUCGAAACGAACUUCAAACAAAAUUAUUCCAUGGAAUACUGUUCUCGAUUUUUUCAAACAAAUUUUGUGUGGAAUUCAAUUUAUUCAUCAAAAUAAUAUUUGUCAUAGAGAUAUGAAACCUGCAAAUGUCUUUCUAAGUUCAUCCACUCUCGAUCAUACCUGGGUGUUAAAAAUUGGAGAUUUUGGAUUUGCCAAAGCAGUGACAGAAACAUCUCAAAGUAUGGACACAGUGUUAGGAACUCAAGCGUUUGUCGCUCCAGAAAUUCGACAAUUUCAUCCUUAUACGACAGCGGUAGAUAUUUGGGGAAUUGGAUGCAUACUCCUCGAAAUGUUACUUCCUAAAACAUUUGAUUACUCGUACGAAUGGGCUUUUAAUUCUGGAAAAACAAUUGUAGAUCUCAUCAAGAAACGAUAUCCAGAAGAAGAAAUUAUUGAUUUGAUUCAUUUUAUCAUGAAAAUGAAUCCUAACGAAAGACCGAAUGCCACUCAAGUUUCGAGUUAUAUUUUGAAACAUAUUGAACAUGAAGAGAUUCAUGAACAAGAAAUGAUGACAGCUCUUCAAACACUAGCUCGAAAUAAGAAUCAAGAAAAGGAAAUUCUCAUCCUCAAAACACAAAUACAAUCGUUGCAAGGUCAAAUUCAUGAACUACAACACAUUGUGGAACAACAAGAAGAAGAAAUAUUUUACUUUAAUCAUCCAGAACUGAUUCCAACACGAUCAUCUUCAUUGGUCAAUGCUCCUUCUGGAUCUACUACUUCCUCAUCAUCAUCAUCCAAUUCAAUAAGCACCAAUCCACCAACCAUUACUGAUACAUUUUUAAAGAAUAUUUUUAAUCCAACGAACAAAUCCUCCAUGUAUGAAAAUUCAUACAAUCUCAAAAUAAUUCCCUUUAAAGAUUUCAAAAUAGAUCCUUCGAUACCACCUGUGACUGGUUCAUUAUUUAUGAUUACAUUUGGCAUUGUUAAAACUAGAGAAAUUAACAAUGGAGAAGAAACCAAAGUUGCGUUAAAAACACUCUUAACUCGUUACAAGACAGAUUUAGAUCAAAUUGUGAAAACAUUGGGAUUGGAAUUUAAUUCAAAAAUUUCACAUCCAGCCAUUGAGAGAAUUUAUGGAUUGACCAAAAAUGGAAAAGAAUAUUGUAUCAUUGGAGAGCCAUGCAUUGGAGGAAAUUUGAGACAAGUCUUAUUGAAUAGAAACAUUGGAAUUACUUUUUCUAUGAAAGUAGAUUAUUGUUAUCACAUUUCAAGUGCAUUACUCUAUUUAUAUGAACAGAAUCGUGCUAUUGGAGCACUCUCCCUCUAUCAUAUUGCUCUCAAUGAACAAUUAACACUUCCAAAAAUUACUACUUGGCACACCUCUUUCGAAUUGACACCCAAUGACAAACGUGUCGGAGUCAUCAAAUCACUCAAACAAUUAGCUGGAAUUUGUUGGUGUAUUUUAAUACGAGAAAAUACGGAAUCGAUUCGAAACUUCUUUAAAAGUCAUGAUCAAUUCUGUCCUGACAUUCCUCAAGUCAUUCAAAAGUAUUUAUCACCACCCGUACCAACACCUCAACAAGAAUUGUGGAUUUAUGAAUAUAUUGAAAUUGUGAAUACAUGCUUUUCACUUUCAGCUUCACUUGGCAAGAUGAAUAAGGAAGAUGCCUCAGAUCAUGAACUCUUGAAUGGAACAUUUCGAAAAAUUGUAUUUAGAUGGGGAAAGUUAAGAGAUGCUAUUAGUAGUAAUAGUAGUAGUAGUAAUAAUAAUAAUAAUAAUAAUAAUAAUUCCAAAUAA